GUGAUUCAGGCUCUGCCACAGAAUGGGUGUCUCCUGGGAUGGCCCAGUUGGACAAUUAAGCCCCCUAUAAAUAGGAUGGGUUUUCAGGCCUCCAGUAUCCUCUCUGUCUUCCAAAGCUUCUGCUCAUCUUCCUCAAACAGGUUGACUAGUACUUGUCAAAAUGACUCAACUCCUAAACAGCAUACUCCACAUAAUCGAGGUGUUCCAGAAACAUGCCCAAGAGGAUGGAGACUGUGCCUCACUGCGCAAGAAGGAGUUAAAGCAGCUCCUCUUGGUUGAGUUUGGAGACAUCCUACGGAGGCCAAAUGACCCAGAGACUGUGGAAACCAUCAUGAGCCUCUUAGAUAGAGACAGAAAUGGAUGUGUUGACUUUCAAGAAUACCUCCUGUUGGUGUUCCAGUUGGUCCAAGCCUGCCAUCAUAAGCUAGAUAAUAGAUCAUGUGGAGAUAGAGCCUCCCAGCAAGAAAAGGGGCAAGAAGAAACACAAGACCAUAAAUUUCCAGGAAACACAGGCAGGCAACACAGCCAGAGACAUGAGGGAAAAAGGCAAGAUGCCCACCACAGUCAGUCUAAGAGGCAAGGUAGGGACUCCCACCACAGUCAGUUUGAGAGACAAGAUAGGGACUCCCACCAUGGUCAGUCUGAGAAGCAAGGUAGGGACUUCCACCAUGGUCAGUCUGAGAGACAAGAUAGGGACUCUGACCUCAGUCAGUCUGAGAGGCAAGAUAGGGACUCCCACCACGGUCGGUCUGAGAGGCAAGAUGAGAAUUACAGCUUUGAUCAGUCAGAAAGGAAAGAUCAAGACUCCAGCUCUGGUAAAGGACCAAGUCAUCCUAAUAGGCAAGGCUAUAUCUUUGCCUUAAAUCUGUGUGAGAAACCUGAUUUAGUUCAGGAUUCUCAUUAUGGCCAAUAUGAAAGGCAUGGGCAGCAAUCCAGCUAUGGCCAAUCUGGAAAACAUGGACAAGACUCUUGCUCUAGCCAUACUAAUCAACAGGAAUCAAGCUUUUAUUAUGGACAGUCUCAGAGGAUUGACCAGGAAUUAGGCUGUAGUCAGAGAGAUAGGCAGGAACUGGGUUCUUACUGUGGUCAGACAAACAGACAAGGCCAGACCUCUCACUGUGGUCAGACAGACAGACAAGGACAGACCUCUCACUAUGAUCAGACAGACAAACAAGGUAAGACCUCUCACUAUGGUCAGGCAGACAGACAAGGCCAGACCUCUCACUAUGGUCAGACAGACAGACAAGGACAGACCUCUCACUAUGAUCAGACAGACAGACAAGGCCAGACCUCUCACUAUGAUCAGACAGACAGACAAGGCCAGACAUCUCCCUAUGGUCAGACAGACAGACAAGGCCAGACCUCUCACUAUGAUCAGACAGACAGACAAGGCCAGACCUCUCACUAUGGUCAGACAGACAGACAAGGUCAGACCUCUCACUAUAGUCAGACAGACAGACAAGGCCAGACCUCUCGCUAUGGUCAGACAGACAGACAAGGCCAGACCUCUCACUAUGGUCAGACAGACAGACAAGAUCAGACCUCUCACUAUGGUCAGACAGACAGACAAGGCCAGACCUUUCAAUAUGGUCAGACAGACAGACAAGGCCAGACAUCUUGCUAUGGUCAGACAGACAGACAAGGCCAAAGUUCCCCCUGUGGCCAGUCACAGAUGAGAGAAACUGAAAUGCAAAAGCAAAGUAGGUACUUCGAGAGGACAGAGGGGACAAGAAGAGACUCUCAUGUUGAGCAAUCAGGAAGAUCAGAGAGACCAAGUCAGCAGACUCCAGGACAGGAAAUGUGCCAAAACCAGAGAAAGAGAUCCCAGUCUAGGGCUGUGCACCAGGACAGCCACCAGAUGUGGAAACCUGAGGAGGAUAGCCAACACCACCAACACAAACUCUUAGCACAAAUCUGGCAAGAAAAGCCACUCUGCCACAAAGAAAGAGAUGAGCAAUCAUGCGGUAAUGAGCAGGGUCACAGACAGGCCCAGACCAGGCCUAGCCAUGGCCAGGGGCAAAGCCACUGGGAAGAGGAGGAGCAAAAUCAUCAAAGCUGGGGGGAAAACAACCAUGGGGGUCUGGAAAGUCCAUGGGACAGACAAACACACAAAGAUGAGCAGAUGUAUCAGAGGCAAGACAGGCAAACUCACGAAGACCAUCAGAACCAUAAGAAACAAAGGCAAAACUACCAGAUAGAGAAGUAUUGCAAGUCCCAGAAUCAACAAUCACAAGGAAGCCAAAGAAGCUGUCCUAACAGUGAAAAGUUCCACAAGAAUGAGGAUGACCAGAGCCAAGGCUUACCAGGAAGACACAGUGAGCCAGCCAGCCAUCCAAACCAGAGUGGUGGGAGGCCCCAAAGAAGAGAGCAGGGUGGAGAUCACUCUACCAAAGCAGCUAUGUCUCCCAACCCCCUCUACGACUAUGUGCAGGAGCAGAAAUCACAUCAGUACCAGGCUGUGUGAGCACCAGAGCUAAAGCAACACAAAGCCAAAUACAAAACCUACAUGUCAAAUUCAUCUUUACUUCUGUUUAAGACAUUGAAAUGUAUCUCUUCCAUCUAUCUUCUACUCUAUCUACCUACAAGGAUGUUUUUAAGGACUAAUAUUCACUUUAGAGCUUUUCGGUUCUUUUGGUAGCAAUUCCAGGGUUUUCUGGUUGGGUGAAAUCUAAGUGGUAAAUAGGGUGAAUUAAUCAAUUUGGGAAUUUAAAUCAUUUCCUGGUUUGCCUUCCAGGUGGAACUUAGUUGGAUCAUUAAAAGGUAGAACCCUUCUCCCUAAAGUUCAGAAAACAGUAAAGACAGACUAAAGAUUUACAUUGCAAUCGAGGGGAGAACACCUGGGCUUUGGUGAGAGCUUUGGCUCCUGUGGAUCAGACAUCAGGAAUUGCAAGCAUCAGAGUCUAGACUGGAAUGAAACAUAAUGAGAAGUUACUAGGAGACUCAGGAACCACAGAGGGCCUUCGAUGUUGGUAAUACCUCCCACCCCAAGGCAUCUACCUCUCACCAGAAGGACUAGACCCGUUCCAAUUCAAUGCCUUUCUAGUUUCUAUCAUGUAAAACAGAGAGAAAGCAUAUGUCUUACGUUUGCAGAUUCCAAGGCCAAAAUUAUUGUCAUAUCCAUACCUCCCAAAACUUGAAAAUCUUUUAGAAGAAAACUAUGUAUAGAUUAUGAACUUAUAUUAAAAUAUCCAAUAAAUGAUUGGUGAGC